AUGGGCUCUCACAUACCCCCCGACUCAAUCCCAAAAGCCCAAACUGUCGCUCUAGUCCGUGAAAUUGGCGGACCCGUCGAGUUUAAAGAUGACUAUCCCGUCCCUGUCCCUGGUCCGAAUGAAGUCUUAGCCAAAGUCCUCUACACGGGGGUAUGUCAGAGCGACCUACAUACCAAAUCCGGCACUGCUGCCAGCGCAGACGGGACUCCCAUAACUCAGAUCAAGCUCCCCCACAUCGGCGGCCACGAGGGAGUCGGGCGUAUCGUCUCCCUAGGUCCCGGAUGUGAGAACGACCCAGACCUCCACAUUGGCGAUCUCGUCGGCAUUCGCUUUUCAAGUCGAAUCUGUCGACGAUGUGAGUUCUGUCUCGCUGGCACAGAGCAGUAUUGUGUCCGAAGCACGAAUCAUCUACAUCAUGAAGAUGGGAGUUUUCAGGAAUAUAUUGCCCUCGAUGCGGGUUAUUUGACGCUAUUGCCGCAGGAUGUGGACCCGGUGGUUAUUGGACCUGUGCUUUGUGCGGGCGUUACGGCUUAUAAAGCAGUGCUGAAUGCAAACGUUAGAGCGGGACAGUGGAUUGUCGUCGUAGGUGCAGGGGGUGGAUUGGGGCAUUUAGCCGUCCAAUACGCCAAAGCCCAAGGCGCCUCCGUCCUCGGCGUCGACACAGGCGCCGAGAAACGAGACUUCGUCCUGUCCCUCGGCGCCAAAGACUUUAUCGACUUCGCACUAACAGAUCCCAUUGAGAAAGUGAAAGAAAUCACAAACGGCGGUGCUCACGCUGUAAUCGUCACUGCCGGAAACGCAAAAGCCUUUAGCCAUGCGGCGGAAAUGCUGAGAGUGGGAGGAACGCUUAGUUGUGUGGGCAUACCUCCUGGUAGGCCGCAUUUGGAGACGCCGAUUUCGACGAUUGUGAUCAAGGGAUUGAAGAUUACGGGCAAUUUGGUUGGUUCGUUAAGUGAGUGUAUGGAAGCGGUGAGGUUAGUGAGACGGGGUAUAGUGAAGCCGAAUGUGAUAGUUAGGCCAUUUAGGGAGCUUCCGAAAGUGUAUGAGGAGAUGGAGAAUGGGGAUAUUUCGGGAAGAAUUGUGCUGAAAAUUGCUGCUGAUUAG